UCUUCGGCAUUUUUCUACCUGGCCCACGUUAUAAGGCUGGCCUUAUCCUAUCCAAAGCAUCAUGGGUGGUCCCAUUAUCAUUUGUGAUGUGACGCGACGCGACGCGACUUCUGUUUAAAGUCCCGACUUCUGGCUCUUCUCUUCCCGCCUAUUGUCCUCAUCCAUCGCACUCGCCCACGCCAAAUUCCUGCCUCGCACAACCUGCUGCAGCCGCCAACAUGGCCAUGCUGCCACUUCCCCAGGCCAUUGGCCUCCUUCUGGUUACCGCGGUGGCCUACUUCUUCUAUCGCAUGUACCAAGUUCGCUCAAGUAUCCGCUCCUUGCCUGAGAAAUAUGGCAUAGUACGUUUCCGUCCAACCACCACGGCACGGCACAGCGAGACGAAAACCUAACACCCGCCAGGAGCUUCUCCCAGGCCACUCCUUCUUCUGGGGCCACUUGAUAACCGUCGGCAAAGUCAUGGCCAAUUACCCCCCCGACGUCACCGGCCAGUUCACCCCCUUCGCCCUGUUCCGCGCGUACCCGCACCUGGCCUCCGCGGGCGCCUUCUACAUGGACGUCUGGCCCCUCAACGCCCCGCUCCUCGUCGUCUUCGACCCGGCCAUGAUGGCCCAGUUCUCCCAGGACACGCCGCGCCCCAAGCACGACCUGGUCAAGCGGGAGUUCCGCCCCUUCUCCCAGAACCUCGACCUCGUCACCUCCGAGGGCCAGACCUGGCGCACCUGGCGCGCCGCCUUCAACCCGGGCUUCUCGGCCCAGAACAUCAUGGCCCACAUUCCCGUUUUCAUGGAGGAGGUUCUCGUCUUUAAGGCGUAUCUGGGCCGCGUCGCCGCCACGGGCGAGACCAUCCGGAUGGAAUCGCAGCUCAUGAAGGCCACUUGCGACAUUAUUUGCCGCGCUGUCCUUGGAGUGCGUAUGCAUAUCCAGACGAAACCGAGCCCCCUCUACGAUUCCCUCAAAAGCUGCAUCGCCCUCCUCAUAGGAGACAGCAGCCCACGCAUGUGGCCGCGCAUCUUCAACCCGCUCCGCCCCUUUCUCAUCUGGAACCACAACCGCAUCAUGCGCCGGGAGCUGCUGCCCCUCCUCGAAGCCCAGCUGAAAGAACACGACGAAUCCGAAGUGCACGGCGGCACAUCAACAAGUUCGUCAACAACCGGCCUGAAAACCAUCGCCAACCUCAGCAUCCGCGCCUACCGAAACGAGAGGGUCAACUUGGACAAGGGAAACAAGGAAAAAGCCGCCCGGGAAUUCCUCGAGGUCGCCGUCGAGCACCUCAAGAUGUUCCUCUUCGCCGGCCACGACACCACCGCCUCCGUGCUCUCCUACGCCUACUACUUCCUGCACAGGAACCCGUCCCACCUCGCCAAGGUGCGCGCGGAGCACGACGCCGUCUUCGGCCCCGACCCCUCCCGCGCCGCCGCCCAGCUCGCCGCCAAACCCACCCUCCUGAACCAGCUCCCCUACACCACCGCCGUGCUCAAGGAGGUCCUCCGCCUCUCCCCGCCCGUCGGCUCCGUCCGCGAGGGCGGCCCCGACUUCUUCCUCACCCACCCCGAAUCCGGCACCCGCUUCCCCACCGACGGCGUCAUCCUCUUCGCCUGCAGCUUCCUCUCCCACCGCCACCCGGGCAUCUGGGCCGAGCCGGACAAGUUCGUCCCGGAGCGCUGGCUCACGCCCGACCCGGAGCAGAGGGAGAAGGAGGCCCGGCUGCGGAAGAACGCCUGGCGGCCUUUCGAACUCGGCCCGCGCGCUUGCAUCGGACAGGAACUCGCGCUGACGGAGCUGCGGCUCCUCUUGGUCCUCACUGUCCGGGAGUUCGACGUUGUGCCCGACUUCCCCGAGGAUGCGCCCACCGUGUUCGGCGAGGUGGGGUAUCAGGCUGAUUUGCCCGGCGAGCUGACGGCGCACAUGAAGGGGGGGUUCCCUGCGAAGAUUGUGCGGCGCCAGCAUGUUGCCAGUACUGCGUGAGGGACCUGCGGUGUAACUGAAGAGAUGAUGAGCAUCACGGACGGAAGGACUAAAAUGUCGUUUUCGAACACAAAUGAUAUUUUGGAACGUAAAAGAUGAUUCAAUCGGUAUUUCUUGCAUCUUAUAUUCGAAAUAAAAUCGAGCCGAUAACCAGUUCCAGCCCCAUGGGCCAUGGACCGGUUAGUCUCUUCAGGCACCCCGGACCCUAUUGUAGAAGAUCUCCAGAGCCUCAUCAAUCAGAAUCUUGACCCUCUUCGCAUCGAGCUUCUCGACCCGGUUGAAGUUGUAUAACCCGUUUGUCUCUUGUUCAAUGUCG